UAAACGUAAAAAUUUAUUUAAUAAUUUUAUACAAUUUUCGUAUUGAUUGAGUAAAAACCGCAAUCGAUUUUUUAAUCUAUAUAAAUAAAAUAUCAUGAAAUUUCAAUAAACUUCAAACAAAUCUAAAUAUUUUACGGCUUAGUAGCAACAACGAAAACCACACACACAUACGCCGCAACAAGUGGCUAGAAAAUUUUAUCUGUGUACGCGCAAAGACACAGGCCACUCAAAAUAAAUACUUGACUGCGAAAUUCUAUGAAAAAAAACUAUUCUGACAAAUAUACAUACCAUACAUAUGUAGAUAUGUUUGAUUUAUUUAAAUUAUUGUUGCCGCAAUUCCAAGAAGCCUAAACAUACACACACACAUGCGCUACACUUAACACACCUCGCCUUAAGGACACAACAAGUGCAUGCAUGAAGGCCAGCGCUUAAUUACCGAGAGGUGUACUAUUAAAAUAUUGAUAGAAAAACAUUCGCCAAACCAACUUAACGCUGAGACUCACGCUGCUCACACAUGCAAUCACUUGACAAUUGACUUGUCAACGCACGCAUAUCGUUGGUUUGCCGCUGUUGGUCCACUGUUUUGCGCUCGGCGAACAUAAGCAAAUUACACGUGCAUUAUGCUUGCGCUGUGUGUCAGCAAACAGUAAACGAAAAGAGUAUGAAACGCAUGAAAUAUAAAUUUAUGCAUGGCACCGCCUACAAAUCAUAAAUGAACGGUAACACACACACAAACACAGCACAGCUAAGCGUCGUCUUCAAUUUUUACCUGCCGAAAUGCAACAAACACCCAUACAUACAUACAAACUUACAUAUGUAUGCAUGCGCGCUGUGAGUUCACUUGUCAGCUUCUUGUUGCUCCUACUGUAUGUGAGCCGAUGCAGCUGUGCUGUGUUUGCCUUUCGCCACUCACAUGUGAUUGUUGCCAUUCAUCAUGUUUAUUUGCUGCUAUGCCUACCGCGGCCUCAAGGAUACUGCUUGGACGCAUAGCUGUAUAUGUAUGUGUAUUCUCACUUACAUGUUAGUAGUUGUAAUUGUGUUUGUUUUCGGCCGACACUUGUCAUAAUUAUGCUGUCGUCAGUGCUGUCGUGGUUGCGCGUCGCCGUGUCGCUCAGUGCCGAACUAACGUCACAUGUGUACACGUAUGCACUCCCACAUGUGAGCGGCUUGAGUUGGAAUUUUUUAUUUAUUUAUAUAUUGUAAAACAAAAAAUGCGCUUUGUUUUAGUGCCAAACGAAUUUGAAGUGUUGAAUAAAACAUGCAGUCGCUUAAUAUGAUAUGAUAAAUAAAAACAAAAACAAAAUGUGAUAUUCUAAUAUGAAAAUACAACAAAUUGUGCAAUAAUUAGCGAGUCCAGUUUACGAAAUACGUCAGCAAGUGCUGUGCAUAACAAAUCAAUGUGCGUGUGCAGUUAUCGUAGCACACAGUGACGCUUUUAAGCUAUAAAACAUUCAAGCAAAGCAGUAAAAUUACAGCCGUGCAAACUUUCGACGACUACAUUUGUUGAAUAUUAUUCACAACACAACGAGUGAUUCAAAUUCCCAUACAAAAUCGGGCGACAGCAGUCGACUAGACUAGACAGCAGGCAUGGAAGUGCUGGGAGGAAGCGAAAGCCAGCUGUAAAGUAAACAGAGACAGCGCAAACGAAAUUCAAACAAAAACAUAUACAAACAACAACAAAAAGCAACAACAGCAACAGCAAACAAAAGCUGAAAGGAGGCUCAUACGAUUUUUUUCGCAUUGUGUGGCAGCAACGUGUUGGCGUAACACAUAAGACAACCACACACACACAUACACACAACGUCUUUGGUGUAUUUGACAUCUCAAAAAGCAUUGAUUUUUCUGACUUUUCUGACUGAAUGUUAACGGAGCCGUUGCACAUGGUUAAACGACGAAAAUUGUCAUUGUCACAAACGCAGAGCACCGCCUCGCUAACCGCAACAACUACCAAAACAACAACGACAGCGCCCAUGGACAGCGCGGCAGUUGCGACCACAACGCCGCCGAACACACCGCCCACACCACCGCCGCUCAACAUGAUGAUGACCACAGCACGUAAUCACAAUACACAAAACAACACUAACGGCGACAAUGGCAGCGGCAGUGUUGACAACGGCAAAGACUGCAAUAUGGAGCACAACAACACAACGUGUACUUUGAUAAGCGCCAGCAACGCACCCACGCUCACCACUACCGCCAUGGCCGGCGCCUUAUUGAGCACCAGCCAGCACACAGCCGCCACGAAUAGCGCCACAGCAGCUGCUGUUGCCGCGGCGGCAGCCGCUGCGGUGGCUGCGGUGACAGCUGCAGGCGCCAAUGUCUCACCAACAAACGUGCUGACUCCCAGUAAUGCUAACGCCAGCGCUGCAAACAACAGUGGUGCUGUGCCAGAUCACUAUAGCCUGCGCUGGAACAACCAUCAAAAUCAUAUAUUGCGCGCAUUCGAUGCGCUCUUGCAGACCAAGACGCUGGUGGAUGUGACGCUGGUGUGCGCCGAGACGAGCAUACAUGCGCACAAAAUGGUGCUAUCGGCGUGUUCGCCCUUCUUUCAACGCGUCUUCGCUGAAACGCCGUGCAAGCAUCCGGUCAUUGUGUUGAAGGACUUUCAGGGCUGGGUGGUGCAAGCGAUCGUGGAUUUUAUGUAUCGCGGCGAGAUCAGUGUGCCACAGGAACGACUGCAAACCUUAAUACAAGCCGGCGAGUCACUGCAGGUGCGCGGUUUGGUAGAAAGUUCGGUGCCAGAGCACACACCCACACCGGCUGCUUCGCCGGAUGAUUUCGGCAUGAUCGAUACAUCGUUGAUGUCGCCCGAGCUGGAGCGCUGCUCGAGCUUCGAUGAUGAAUCGCCGUCAAUGGUAACAGCUGGCUCAAAAGUUAUAUUGCCAUCGCGGCUAUUUGGCGCGUCCGCGCGUCGAGAGCGUGAACGUGAACGCAAGCGUGAGCGCGCACUCGAACGCGAAUUGGAACGUGAAGCCGAAAGUGAUCAGGACCUGCCACUUGAUACGAGUAUUAAUUCAGAUGUUUGCACGUCGCCUAUGCCAAGACGUAAACAGGCACGUCCACGUCGUCGCUCCGGUGAGCUGACACUCGAAAUGUUAAACGAACCAGCUACGUCUGCAACCGUAGAAGAACCGCCACGUAAACAACCCCUGCCUUUAACACUGGAUGAGAAGUUGGAGCAGGCUCACGCAGAGCACUUAGAGGCUUUGAAAACUGUGAUCAAAACUGAGCUGGCCGAACCGAUGGAUGAGAACGAGGGUGCUCGGCGCGAUGACAGCGGCAAUGGCAAUGAUAGUCAAGCGCACGACGAAUCACAUGAAAAGUCCACAAACGCUUAUCAGUCGAAUGCAGAUCAGCAGCAUAAUUCACGCACAGAUGAAACACUUUCGCCAGCACCAUUGAAUGCGUCGCACUCCAUGGACGUCGAAGAGGAAGAACAAGACGAUGAAAAUGAUAACGAACUUGACAAUGAUAAUGAUAAUGAAGUAAUACCAGAUGCUGAGGAUAUCGAAGAACUUAUUAAUGCCACCAAUGAGCUGCGCCGCAAGUCGUUAUCAAAUCUCUCGGACGGUCCCGAAGAUCUCUGCACAACGAAGAAAGCUCAAAAUACUGUAAAUGGCAGUCACUCGGCCUCUGACGCCGAUAGUAGUCCGACGAAUAAUAAUAAUAAUAACAAUAAUAAACUUAACAAUAACAAUCGCAUUGUAUUAUCUCUCAAAGAUAUACGGCAACUAAAUAAACCGUCAUCCUCCUCCACACCGAAUUCAUCGAAUAACAUGCACCCUUUUGCGACGGCCAGCCUACGCGAUCUGCGACUGGAUCGUGCCGUCAGCUCCGCAGCCGAAAAUCAAUGCAAAAUGGACGCGCUAGAAGCGCAAAUGCAUGCCGCCGCAGCAGCCGCCGCGGUAGCUGCAGCCAAUGGCGAGAAUCCAUUCCAACAUAUGGAACAUCAGAUGGAUCUGUCGCUGGCUGCCGCCGCAGCAGCCGCCGCUGUCUCACAUCAACAAUCGCGCGAACGUGAUCAGGCACUACAGCGGGAACAACGUGAAUUACAAGAACAACAUAAUGCUUAUGCGAAUAGCAUACUUGGGCAAAUGGGUAUGUCUGGCAUGCCGCCUUUUGGCGGACCAGGUGGACCAGCACCACAUGAACGUCUCGAGGAGAGUAUGAAUCGAUUGAGCAAAGAAUUUGCGCCAAGUUCACCUAUGAGUCUGCCCACACACUUCAAUCCACCUGAUGGACCGCCACAUCCACCCUCUCCUUUACCAUUUCCGGGUAUGUCUUCGGCGCUAACGCUGACGCCGCCGCACAUGUUCGGUUUGGACUCACCACUCGGUCUCUUUCCACCAGGCAUUGACCCAGGCAAACUCUAUAACCCACUAAUGGAAAUGUCCGAUCCACGUGGCAUGCCCAGCGAUCAUCCACCGCCCUUUCUUAAAGGCAAGAAAAUACCACGCCCAAAGGGACAACACUCUGCACCGCGCGGCGGUCCGCCACGUUCGUGGACGAACUCUGAACUCACCGAAGCACUGCAGCAUGUCUGGAACAAGAAAAUGACCACCUCACAGGCGUCUCGCAUUUUUGGCAUACCCUACAACUCGCUGCUGAUGUAUGUGCGCGGCAAGUAUGGCAAGAGUCUGAAACUGGAACAGCUGCGCAAAGACUGUAUCAGCGGUCCACCACUCGAAUUGCUACAACUGGGUCUCGGCGGCGGUUCGGGUGGCGGUAAAAAUAAAGAAGGCAAAGAUAAAUCCGCACAUCGCAACUCAGAGAACUCAACGAAAAAUAAUAGCGAACUCGACUUGGGCAUACCGUUGCCGGGUAUGGUGCCCGGCGGUAAUGGACCAAGUGGGCCGCGCAGCGCCAGUUCUGAACCCGAUUUGAUUGGCGGACCCAACUCGCUCUUCGGUCCAUUUCCAGGCGCUUUCUAUCCCGACUUCCCCGGCGGUUUCCAUGGACUGCCGCUAAGCAUGCUCAAUCUACUCCCACCCACGGAUCGUCAUCAGCCACACGGCGCUGGCAUGACGGCACUACAUCAUCUCGGCAUGGAUGAGGACUGCAAAUCGGAUCGUUCGAAACAAUCAUCUUCACUCGGCGAUGACGACUUUGCUGCCAGCGCAGCAGCAUUAGCCGCCGGCGUACAACCGCUUGCGCUCAAUCGCAAUGAAAACGAACGACGCAGCGGCAGUGACAUACUCGCAAAUGCCGGCACGGUAGGUGCGCCGCCACCGCCACCACCGCCCAUGAGCGCUGCCGUCGGCGGUGGCGGCCAACAGAAUGGCGGUAUGCAAGAUUGAAAUUUCUGGCGGGAUUGGGCCGCCAACCCCAUGUUUUUCCCGCCGAACGACACAUACGAUGUGGAAGAGGCUAUGAAUGGCGGUAUUGGUUUAGGUGGCCAUCACCAGUAUCAGCAUCAGCAGCACCAGCAACAGCAGCAGCAGCACCAACACAACGAAGCGAUGUCUGCGGAACGCAAUGCGAACUGCGCCAGCAACGAUGCCGCCAUCGGCAACGUCGUGCGUGCAGCACAUCAGUUUCGUGAAUUCAAUCAAAACCUUUACAUGGCAAGACGCAAGCUGAAGCGUCUGCGUCAACGGCAGUAUCGACGCUACGACGCCAACGGACGCGGCAACAAUAGUGCGACGGACAGCGGCAGCGCGGAUGGUAACGGAUUUAUGGCGCUGCAGAUGGGACCGCCACCAACGUCAGCGUCAGCGGCGUCCUCAGCGUUAACGCUGUCACUACCGCCGGCGGUCAUACGCACUUAGUUUAAUUUUAACGAAAUGUUGUAAUAUAAAUUAAGUUCAAUUAUUGUACAAUAUUUUAAGCAGCGUUGGCGAGAUGUGGCCGGAAAGUAGUAAAUAAUAAAAUUAUAUAUUAUAUGUAUGUACAUUAAGUAAAUAAAUUAGUGAAAAUUUGUGGAAGAGGCGAAGGCCAGUUAAGCAGACAAUUUGCAUAUACUCGUAUAAAUUAUUAUAACUGUGAAUCGAUGUGAAUAUGUAAUGAGCAUGCAAUAUUUUGAUAUUUUGUUUAAUUGUAUGUUAUAUUAAAAAAAAAAAAAACUUGGAUUAUUUUAUUACAUAUGUAUAGGUGUAUGUACAAGUAUGUAUAUUUUAAAAUAUAGAUUUUUGCUUUAUACAACAA